AUGGCAGGACGCUGGACCUCUGGACACAUCUUCCAGUUGAAGCUCCCCCACAAUCGGCUGUCAUCCUCUGAAGCCAUGCCAGAAUCGCUGCAGGAGCGCUGUAAACUCUGGAACGUGGACUUUGGUGCGGCAGCCCACUGCAGGGGUCGAGCUCGGGCAGCCAUGCAUAUACUGAUUUACCUUAAUGCUCAAUAUUUCCUUACAACUGUUCACAUUUCUUUUCCCUCAAAACGAUCUUCUUUACUUUCUCCUCUUUCCGUCCUCCUGACAUUUGCCCUGUUAGAGGUUAUUCUGGCUGGCAGAGACUGCUUGGUGGCUGGAGACUCCUGUUCGAGUGAUGAAACUUGCAGUCCUCGUCUACGUACUUUGCGUCAGUGUGUGGCAGGGAACGGCAGCAUGAAGCUGGGCCCCGGUGCCAGAAGCCAGUGUGCCAACGCAGUGUCCGCCCUACUUUCCAGUCCUUUACACGGCUGCCAGUGUAAACGAGGAAUGAAGAAGGAGAAGAACUGCCUGAGCAUCUACUGGAGCCUCCACCAGUCUAUCAUACAUGGACUCAACCUGGUGGAGAGUUAUCCCUAUGAGACAGUGCAGAGGGAUUACGAUUAUGUCCGCUUGGCCUCUAUUACAGCUGACUCUGAUGUUGGCAUGACAACUGUGAAUCGCUGCUUGGAUGCAGCCAAGGCUUGCAAUGUGGAUGACUUGUGCCAGAAGCUUCGCACAGAAUAUGUCUCAGCUUGUAUCAAACCGACUGCCAAGUCAGGCUUGUGCAACCGGCCUAAAUGCAAUAAGGCCCUGCGCAGGUUCUUUGACCGCGUUCCUGCCGACUACACACACGAGCUGCUCUUCUGCCCGUGUACGGACACAGCGUGUGCAGAGCGUCGGAGGCAGACCAUUGUGCCCAGCUGCUCUUAUGAAAGUGUUGAAAAACCUAACUGCAUUACACAGAUGAGGAUCUGCAAUGCUGACUAUGUGUGCAGGUCUCGUCUGGCACAGUUUCAGUAUGACUGCGAACCCUCCAAAACAUCUGCCAACGGCUGCAAGCAAGGGAACUUUGGAGCUUGUCUCCUCGCCUACACAGGGCUUAUAGGAAGUACAAUAACUCCCAACUAUGUUGACAACUCCACAUCCAGUGUGGCCCCAUGGUGCUCCUGCUCAGCCAGUGGGAGCCGGAGAGAGGAGUGUGAUAAUUUCCUGGGAUAUUUCACUGACAACAUCUGCCUCAGGAAUGCUCUCAUGACGUUUGGAAGUGAACCAGACCAGCAGCCGACUCUGAGCCAGUACAGCACAACCAGCCACGGCAGCAGAGAAAACAGAAGCACGACUUCUCCACCAGAAACCAUAGAAACUAUGAGGAACUUUCUGGAUACAGUAAUACCAACACAGGUCUCUCUGGGAAAUGAGCUACUGGUUGGUCACUCCACCCUGCCAUCCAACAGCCUACCAAACUCUGCAUCACCUCGCAGUCUAAUGCUUCAAGCUGCCUACAGCCUUCUGUUGUUGCUCCUUCAUCUCCUCAACAAUGGACACUGAAGACUGCAGGAGAGCAUGCUGAGGACCCUCCUAGUACCUAGCAGAUUGGAGGGCCAGUGCAGUAAAGAGGAAAAUGGACCAUGUGGCGUUGUUCCUCCCUCUAAAUAUGUACAGCGAUUCUGUUUUUCUAUUUUUGUGUCAAAAUAGUCCGGCCCAACCUGCCAGUGUUCUCACUCAGAGUGUGGGAACCAUCUGCAGGGCGAUGCCAGUCUUUACAUUUGUACAUUAUUGUCGCAAUCAAGUCAAGUUGAAAUGAAGUCAGUUCUGCUUUUGUGGACUAACCCAAUCUUCAGCUGUAUCUGUAUUCAAAGUUACAGUUAAAUAUAAGGCAGAUGUGUAUGAUACAAAGACAUGAAGUAUGUAGCUGUGAAGACUUGUAUUAUCAACAGAAGCUCUUGUUUAAAGAAGUGUACGGGAAAAUAACCGGAGUAAACCAGUGAACUUGGUAUUUUCGCUGUCCUCUGUGUAUAGUGUUCAGAAAGAUGCUGGAGAAAACUCUCCUCAACCAACUCAAAGAGGACCAUCAUUUCUGUCCAAUGCUGGAAUAGUGAAGCAUCAAACAGACAGUCCUGGACAAGUGUACUGAUUCUACAAUGUCCAGCACCACUAUCGAGAAGAAAUGUGGCAAACACGAGAACAACCUUGGCAUAAUUAUCAUCCUUUCCAUCAAGACUGUUGGCCUUUCUCAGACCCUCUCACACAACGUCAUUUGUUAUCGCUAAAGCUACAGAAGCUUUUUAUAGAAAAUAUAAGUCCUUGGUGUUUAUCAGCAAAGACAGGUUUGUGGGCUUGAAAGGAGAUGACCAGAAGAGCAGUAACUCUUUACCUGUGCUGCUGUGCUAUGUGUUUGUGAGUGUAAUACCCUUUUAUUUCUCAUUGUGUAAGUGAACAUCGCUAUACUGGACUCUUGAGUUUUUGUGCCAGAGACGGAAGUGAAUGAUUUGAUUUAGUGAGUGUCGCCAACACCAGUAUGGAGCCUGUUAGAGAUUUGACAGUAAUGAAUGAUUCAGUAUUUUCUGUUCUUGGAACCUGCUGGAGAAUUCUGAACAGGAACAGAGGUGCAGCAAAUAAAAGUUCUCAGAUCACUAUGUGUAUA